AGCCAUAUAUUUUAUUUGUAUUGCCAUAAGCUUAGAAUCAUGUCAACCAUUGAAUGAUCUUGAAAGUUGUACUACCCGUACCUCAAUUAUAUAAACCUUUUCAUCUUCCAAGUACUCUAAGUACUUUUUCUCUAGUUCUCUAUAUCUCUCUAUCUAUUUCAAGUUCAGCACCUAGCCAGGAACUAUGAAGGGGAAGAUAGUGAGAGAGUGUCUUAACAAGUGGAAGAAAAUGGGAACUAGAGUGAUACCUUGUGCUUCCUUUGAUUAUUGCUGUCAAUGGGCUUUGUGGUCUUCCAUGCAUGAAAGCUGCUGCAAUAUCCCUGAUGAUGUCCCAAAGGGUCACUUGGUUGUCUAUGUAGGAGAGAAUCACAAGAGAUUUGUCAUCAAGAUUACAUUACUCAACCAUCCACUCUUCAAGGCCUUGCUGGAUCAAGCUAAGGAUGAAUAUGAUUUCAUUGCUGAAGCAAAACUCUGUAUUCCUUGCAAUGAACAUCUUUUCCUCAGUGUCCUUCGCUGUGCAAGCUAUCCGCAUAAGUGACAGGGUGUUUGUGUGUAGAGUUUUAGUGUGUUUGGAUGCUGGUUAAAUACAACGUGAACGGACUUUCAGUUUAGUUCAUAAGAAUAGCACUGAUCACUUUCCUGUCUUGAAGUGCGUAUGAAAGUCCGUUCACAUUGAUGUAAAUGCAAUCCAAACACAACUUUAAUCAUUAGGUCAUACCCUUCAAUUUCUAACAACUAUGUUAAUAUGUAGAUUGAGGCAUUGAGGCAUAUUGUAUUGUAGCUCCCCAAUUUGAAUCAAUUCAGGAACAGCUUCCGAUUAUGUUU